UAUCUAUCUGUUGAGGCUGCUGUGCGCAUCAUGGAAUUCCAUCAUGGUCAACUGCCACGACUGUGCGCCAAUCUGGAUGGGAUGAUUGCACGCGUCCUGAUCAAUCAACGCGGUGUGAGUGAAGGAACAACGUUUUGGUUGCUACGGGUCUGGCACACUUUGUACCAGGGAACAACACAUGCAUCACCACACGCCCACAUGCCCGUGUCUGCCUUCCCUUUGUUUUUCUUCUUUUUUUCUUCUUCCUUGUCUGCUCCGUCUUCCGUUCUGCUCAUGAUUCCCUCUCUACCGAUUUGCUCGAGUGGAUUCAACGGUGGGCCUCGAUUCGGCGGCGAAUUGUGGGGACUGGCCUGA